AUGCCUCAACACCAGACUUCCAACUUUUCCGAGUUGCCUCGUGUCGGUUUCGGUCGCGCAGUCGCCAUUGGCAUCGGAGCCGGCUUCAUGGGCGCCCUCGUCAUGACCGGCACCAACAAACUCGAGCAGCUCUUUAUCCAACGUCCCUCUUCUUACGUCCCCGCCCGUACAAUUGGCAACCACUUCUCCGUGUCUCCAGACUUUUACGCUAAGCACUCCGAUUUACUAAACCACCUACACCACUUUGGCAUGGGCAUGCUGGCGGGACCUGUCCGUUCCAUCAUGUCGUUCUACGGUAUAUUGGUCCCGUUGCGGCGUUUAUGCAUACGGGGAUUAGGCUGUUGA